AUGUUUCUUUUUGUUUUGGUAGGUGAAUCUGGAUUGGGAAAAUCAACACUAAUCAACUCAUUAUUCCUGACAGACCUGUAUUCUCCAGAAUUCCCAGGACCUUCAUAUAGAAUUAAAAAGACUGUACAGGUAGAACAGUCUAAGGUUCUAAUUAAAGAAGGUGGUGUUCAGUUGCUACUAACAAUAGUUGAUACACCAGGAUUUGGUGAUGCAGUGGAUAAUAGCAAUUGCUGGCAGCCAGUUAUUGAUUACAUUGACAGUAAAUUUGAAGACUAUCUCAAUGCAGAAUCACGUGUGAACAGACGACAGAUGCCAGACAACAGGGUCCAGUGUUGCUUAUAUUUCAUUGCUCCUUCAGGACAUGGGAGCCAUCAUCGACACCAUUGCAUGCAAGUUCUUCCUCUCUCCCAAACAUCGCUCCAGCAUACGGUCGAUGGUGAACCAGAUCUGGACACUGAGGCCCUCACAUCGGCUCUGGUUGAACUCCUGCAUUCUGUCAGUCUUCGACUACUUACCCUUAAGGUGGCCUUUCUCAUGGCAGUGACCUCAGCCAGAAGGAUUUCGGAGCUGGGGGCCCUGUCAGUUCAAAAUGACCUGUGCAUCUUUAGACCCAGUACAGUCACUCUACGUCUCGACUCGUCGUUCAUCCCGAAGAUAAUGAAAGAAAUCCAAGAGCACAAAAUUAAAAUAUAUGAAUUCCCAGAAACUGAUGAUGAAGAAGAAAAUAAACUGUUUAAAAAGUUAAAGCUGCUGGGCCUGCUGCACCUGCUGCUUCUGGCCUCGUGGGAAUUCUUUGAUUUCAUGGCCACACUGCUCUCGGCCGCCCUACUGGGCUGCUCCUACCUGGCAAAGGGCAAUUUGGCCCAGAUCUAUGAACUCCAGAGCACCUUGCCCAUCAUCGAUUUCAGGCUGUGCCCCUCUGUCCUGCACAAGCUCCAUGGUGACCCUGAAACAGUACAGAAGAGGGAGCGGGAGAUUGCCCCUUCCUCCUUUGCACUCUAA